AUGCAGAAGUACCAAAUCUUAGGCAAGAAGGGCGAGGGCACCUUCAGCGAAGUGCUUCGUGCACAGGACAUCAAGACGCAGCAGUUUGUAGCGAUUAAGUGCAUGAAGAAGGCGUUCAAGUCCAAGGAGCAGGUAAACCGGCUUCGUGAGAUUCAAGCGGUCCGGCGCCUGCAGCCACACCCGAACAUUGUUGACCUGGUAGAGGUACUCUUUGACCGUAGCACUGGCCGCCUCGCGCUUGUCUUGGAGUUAAUGGAUAUGAGUCUCUACGAGCUCAUUAAAGGGCGGAAGCAGUACCUGGGCGAGGAGAAGGUGCGUUCGUACAUGUAUCAGCUGCUGAAGGGGCUCGACCACGCUCACCGCAUCGGUGUCUUCCACCGCGAUAUCAAACCGGAGAACCUUCUCAUCGACGCUGAGGGCCGUCUCAAAAUUGCCGACUUCGGCUCUUGCAAGGGCGUCUACUCGAAGUUGCCGCUCACAGAGUACAUCUCCACGCGGUGGUACCGCGCCCCCGAGUGCCUGCUGACGGAUGGUUACUACAACUACAAGAUGGACUUGUGGAGCGCGGGGUGCGUCUUCUUCGAGAUCAUCGCCCUCUUCCCCCUCUUUCCCGGCAGCAACGAGCUGGACCAGGUGCACCGCAUUCACAAUGUUCUGGGCACUCCACCGACCGAGAUUCUCGACCGCUUAAAAAAGUUCGGCACGCAUAUGGACUACGACUUCCCCAAAAAGCAAGGCACCGGGCUCACGAAGCUGCUGCCCCACGUCUCCGCGGAGGCCUUAGACUUGAUGAAGAAGCUGCUCACCUAUGACGAGGAGCAGCGCUGCACCGCAAAGGAGGCACUGCGGCACCCGUACUUUAGCAAGCUGCGCGAGGCUGAUAAGAGGAGCCACCGCCUUAAGCACAGUGCCAGCGUCAGCAGACCGACAACCGUCACGGACGACGUGCACGCCUCGACGGGUCUCAGCAGCAGCCCUCGCAAAACCACGAACGGAAUGCCCUCGCUGAACAGCACGCUGACGGCAAGCCGAAAGCUACCGGUGAUUGACGGGAAGUCACCGACAAAGUCCUGCACCCUAGUCUCCAACCAAAGCACGCUGCACCAAGUGCACGGAGUGGUGGCGACGUCCUUCUCAGGUGACGAUCUAGUCGCCCGAAGCCUGCCAAAGCUGAUAUAG